AUGGCGUCGGGUCUAACAGCAGUGAUGGAAUCGGAGGACCUGACAGCCCAUCCUGGAUUCAGCAAUGACAAAUACUCAGUGUUGAUUGUCAUCGGUGCGCUCUAUAGACCGCAUAUACUGGACUAUAUUGUGGUGGAGAUUGAACGAGGUAUUCGUGCAUGGGAUGUGGACCUGACAGUGUGUAAUUUGGAUGAGCAACUAAAGCUUUUCGUUUCUCACCAUUCUUCUUAUCAGCCCAAAGACAUAAGAGGUCAGAAGACAUUUCAUUUCAGUUCAGAUGUACUGGACAUUAAGGUUGUAGUAACUCCAUCUGAAGGGUUUCUCUACUCUGAGGUCCACAGCUUGAUAUCAUCCAUACCUCGACACAAACUGCUGGUGCUCACCGGACAGUCUCUUGAGGACUCUGGGGAUCUGGUCCUGCACACGGGGCAGUUCACUCCAAAUGAUUUCACCCAGAUCUUUUCAGAUGAAGAGAUUCAAGCUCUGUUAAAUUCAGUUAGCAUACAUGGCAAAGCAAACCUUACAUUAAGCUGCCCUAAAACUGGAAAAUGGAAAAACUCUGUGCUAGGGAAGCACAACAUACACAACAUUAUUGACAUUAAGGUGAAUCCUCUAAUGGUACUACCCAAAAUGGGGGGCCUUCAGGAGUUCACGGACCACCUUUUUGAGUCCUUGGAGCCACAGUCUCCAUUUGACCUCUUAGAGCCUCCUGGCACAGUGGGAUUUCUCAAGCUAUGCCAUCCAUGCUGUUAUGUCUUUCCAGGAGGGAGAGGCGACUGUGCUUUUUUUGCUGUCAAUGGCUUCAAUGUUUUGGUCAAUGGUGGAGCAGAUCCACGCUCUUGCUUCUGGAAGCUCGUCAGGCAUUUGGACCGUGUUGACUCAGUGUUGCUUACACAUGUUGGAACAGACAACCUGCCGGGAUUUAACAGCCUGUUGGAGAGGAAGGUCGCAGAGCUUGAGGAAAAUAAAACUGACUCACAGGAAAAGGAGCAAUGGGUGAAGAAUCUAAUCUCUCCAGAGCUUGGUGUGGUUUUCCUCAAUGCCCCAAAUAGAAAAAAACUUCAGGGUGAUCCUAAUGUACUACGAAGCAGUGAUCUAGCAGCACUUAUUUUACAGCAUUUGGAAAAACUAAAGAUCUCACCAGAACCACUUUUACGCAAUUCAAGUGGCACCAUAGAACCAGUAAUUUUGUUCCAGAAAAUGGGAGUGGGAUGUCUUGAAAUUUACAUCCUAAAUCCAGUCAAAUGUAGCAAAGAAGUAGAGUCUUUCAUGAAUAGCUGGCCAGAUAAUAGUUCCAAAUCCAAGAGUUUAGAUGGCCACCUAACCUCUUUGGUCUCUAUAUGUGCUUUGCUUGUUUGGCAUCCUGCUAACCCAGUGGAGAAAAUCAUCAGAGUUCUCUUCCCUGGCUCUACACCACAAGGAAAGAUAAUGGAUGGUCUAGAGAGACUGAAGCAUCUAGAGUUUCUUAAGCGGCCUGUAGUGUGCUCCAAAGAUUUUGAAACAUCUAAAUCAGAAAAGAAUCCAAUAGUUGCAGAGAGUCAGGAUAGUCCCAAAUCUGGUAAAAAUGAAUCCAGACCAAGCAAUGGUGCUUCAAAGGACCGAGUUCUUCGUGGAGAUCUAGAACUAAAAGACAAAACCAAAGGCAUAAAUGGGAAUGAUCCAAAAAGUGAAGAAAAGUUGAAAUCUGUAGAAAGCAAUGUGAAACAUAAACCCUCAAGACUAGUUACAAGAAAGGAGUCUUUUAAGGACAUGAGCAAUGAAAAAACAAACAUAUCAGACUCAAAGAAACAAGAAAAUGGACAGAGAAAAAUAUUAGGUAGCAAGGAUUCUUCGAUGAGAAGACCAAAGCUAGAUAGCAAAACCGAAGAGAGAAAGUCUCUUGGGAAAGACAUCAAGAAAACCUCCUCUGGAUUACUGAACUCAAAUAAGCCUGGUAAUGUAAAAAAUGAAGCAAAAUUGAACAAAGAGGCUGAAGACAAAGCAAAAACAUUUAAAUCUAACAAGGAGCAGCAAAAUCAGAAGUUGUCACCCGACUCCGAAGAUGUAAAUCACUCCAUAAUGUCUUCACCAGAAGAUAUGACAGCAGCAUUUCUGGAAAUGGAUCAAGAGCAACAUGAAUUACUUGUGAAGAGGCAAACUGUUGACUCUGGGAACCUGAAAAAUGUCUCGACGGGUAGUGUGCAGUCUCGGUGUAGCAGCAUAGCAAACCCUAGCAAGGCUGCAGCAUCUCCAAGACCCUCUGUCAAAAUAAAAAAUGAGUGCUGUGUGAAUCUAGACCUCACUCCAACUGAAUAUACUUUGCUCGAUGGGGAUUUGAAAGAUAAUAUUUCAACAAUUGGGGAUGAGGAAGUUUGUGUCAGUCCUGAUGAAAAGACGUUAGAGCUAACAUCUCCUAGAUCAGGUCCAAAUAGUGCUGGUCAUACUCCUUAUCAGUUGUCACCUGAAGAGACCUGGGCCUCAAAGGAUCAUAGUAGUUUUGGGGUUAAGAUGUGUCUUUGUUCAGAGAGCCAGCAAAUGGGAUUAUCCAAGUUUUCAGAGUCUGGAUGCCCUAAAAGUAACCAAGAGAGCAUCUCAACUUCCUCCAAAGAGAAGCAUUCUAGCUUCCUGUCUCUUAGCUCUUUCAAGGAUAUAAUGCCUGAUAUAUCUCCCACUGUUACCACCACUCACUCAAUGCCUGCAGAAGUAAGUUCACCGCAGUCCACUGAGGUUGAUGAUUCAUUGUCAAUGUCUUUUGAACAAGUGCUGCCAAUGGUGAGCGAGUCCACCAACGAAGACGAAACAUCCUAUUCCAAUGGACACCGUGUCAAUUCUGAUUUUAAAGUAGAGAUGUCUUUGUCUUUAAAGAAGCCUCACACCCAGAGGGGACCUCACGAUGGCCCAGAAGGGUGCCCAUCUGGACCUCAGAGUCUAUUGCUUGAUACUACCCAUGAUGUUGACCUCUGCUUGGUCUCUCCAUGUGAGUUUAAACAUUUCAAACCGGUUGUUGAUCAAGAGGAUCCACUCUCACUGGGUUUUAAUAACACCAGCCCAUUGAACAUUUCUGAUGAUAGUGACCACUCCCAAGAUGCAGCUAAGUCCCUUCCACUUUCAUGUUCAGGUAACAAGGCCAUCCAUCCAGUUCAGGAGACCCCUCUCACUUCUAGCAGUGACUAUUUCCCAAUGGCAACAGACUCAGAUGUACAUCCGGGUGUAGAGGAUUGCCCAUCCAUUACAGCGGACGGACUUCUGGAUUCUGAUGAAGAAGUUGGAGUCCACCUGCAGAACCUAAACGAUGGUUUGAAUUCUUACAGAGGAAAUUAUUCUUUGCCAAAGGAUCCCCCACCCGCACCUGUGAAAGACUUACCUCCACUUCCACCUCAGCCUGGUGCCUGUAUGCCUGAUCGUGUUAGUGGUGUAAAACUUGGUGCAACAAAAGGCAGAAAAGCAGCAGGAGUUACGCAGAGGUUAACAUAUUCUAGUGUUUCAACGCAAGGCACCAAAACCAGAGCUGGAAGUCAGGUCACUUCUGUUAGUGGCUCGAGAAGCAGCUCAGCAGGAGACAUAAUGGCUAGUCGUAGCACAGGCUCCACUUCUAAAAGAUCCACAACAGCAGGUUUGAACUGA